AUGUCCAGCGACAAGAUGGCGAAGGCUGAGAAACAGUCGAAGAAAAUAAAGCGCAAGCACGAUGUCUCCGAUGAGACUGUCAAAUCGUCAAAGAAAGCCGAAGUCAUCGAAACCCCGGAAAAGUCCAAGAAGCGAAAGACUGCCAAGAAGGACGAUGACGACGAUGUUGAAGAACCAGUCGAGCAGGUAGAGGAGGAGCAGGAAGAAGAAGAGAAAGAGCAAGAGGAGGAACAAGAUGACCAGCUCGAGGAUUUACCAUCUGCCAACGCAUUGUCGCUACCACAGACCGGCGAGACUCUACCCACCAAAUUUGCGGAGCUGAAUCUUUCGGAACGGACAAUUGAGGCGAUCAAAGAAAUGGGGUUUGAGACAAUGACAGAGAUUCAGCAACGGGCUAUCCCGCCAUUGAUGGCUGGCCGUGAUGUUCUUGGUGCUGCCAAAACAGGAUCCGGAAAGACGUUGGCAUUUUUGAUUCCCGCGAUCGAAUUGCUCCACAGCUUGAAAUUCAAGCCCAGAAACGGAACCGGUGUUCUUAUUUUGUCCCCCACGAGAGAAUUGGCACUUCAGAUCUGGGGUGUGGCCCGCCAACUGCUCGACAAGCACUCCCAAACCCACGGUAUCGUCAUGGGAGGAGCCAAUCGCCGAGCGGAAGCUGAGAAGUUGGAGAAGGGUGUUAAUCUCUUGGUCGCAACUCCCGGACGUUUGUUGGAUCAUUUGCAGAACACUAAAGGAUUUGUCUUCAAGAACCUGCGCCAAUUGGUCAUUGAUGAAGCAGAUCGUAUUCUUGAAAUCGGUUUCGAAGACGAAAUGAAGCAAAUCAUGAAGAUCCUCGGCAAUGGAGAGCGACAGACAUCUCUGUUCUCGGCUACACAGACUACCAAGGUCGAAGACUUGGCCCGAAUUUCGUUGAAACCCGGUCCGCUAUACAUCAAUGUUGUUCCACGGAUGGAGAAUGCGACUGUCGACCGAUUGGAGCAGGGUUACGUUGUGUGCGAACCCGAUAAGCGAUUCCUUCUUCUAUUCUCUUUCCUUAAGAGGAAUUUAAAGAAAAAGAUUAUUGUUUUCCUUUCGAGCUGUAAUUCUGUUAACUACUAUUCUGAGUUACUGAACUAUAUCGAUCUUCCGGUCCUUUCUAUCCACGGCAAGCAGAAACAGCAAAAGCGUACUUCCACAUUCUUCGAAUUUGUCAACAGCGAAAGAGGUAUCCUUAUCUGUACCGAUGUUGCCGCUCGAGGUCUCGACAUCCCUGAGAUUGACUAUGUUGUCCAAUACGAUCCUCCUGAUGACCCACGUGAUUAUAUUCACCGUGUCGGUCGUACCGCACGUGGCGCCAAGGCCAAAGGUCGCAGUCUGAUGUUUUUGCAACCGUCUGAAAUGGGCUUUUUGACUCAUCUCAAAGAAGCUAAAGUACCCGUCGUGGAAUUCGAGUUUCCUCAGAAGAAGAUCAUCAACGUUCAGUCACAACUUGAGAAACUUAUCUCUCAAAACUACUACCUCAACAAGUCCGCCAAAGAAGGUUACCGAUCCUACAUUAACGCCUAUGCAUCACACUCCCUUCGCUCCGUCUUCGACGUCAAUAAACUCGACCUCGUCAAGAUCGCCAAAAGCUUCGGCUUCUCAACCCCGCCGCGCGUCGAUAUCACAUUAGGCGCAAGCAUGAGCAGAGAUAAGAAGGUUCAGGGACGACGAACAUAUGGAAGUCAGCCCAAGCAAGCCAAUCGAUUCAAGCGAAAGCGCGAUGAGUAG